GCCUCCUGGGCUCCCCGCUCUCGCUCCUUUUCUCCCUCCCUGUCCCCUGCCAUUUAUUGCCGCUGCGUGCCUCGCCCACGGCACGCGCCUACGCUCGCGUCCACUCAUCAGGGCCUCACUGGCAUGGCAGCGCUACUGCUGCUACUGGCGUGGUAGGAGGAGAGCAGCAGCGCGGCGCGCCGCGGGAGCGGGAGCGGGACGAAGCGAAGCCGGCCGGCGAGGUUUUCAAACCUUCGACGGCUGGCCGCGUCGAGCACCGUCGUCUCGCGGAACGCGCCAGCGCGAUCGUCGGGCCCGUCACGUCCAGGUCUGGUCCCCUGAUUGUUCUAGCUAAGCUUACUGUAGUCACGACUUGUUUCUAACAGUCUGACUCGCACUCAUUGAUACCAUGUCUGCUACUCAUGCCAGCAUAAUGGUCAAGGCAUUUGGAGAAAUGGAUAAUGAUAUUGUUGAUGUCCUUAAGCAAGGUCAAAUGCAGAGCCAAGUCCUUAAACGAGGUAAAAUGCAGGGCGAUGUCCUUAAGCAACAUCAAAUGCAGAGCGAUCAAUUGACCAGACAAUUUAACUCUCCAACUAAGCCCAGCCUUGCUGGGGCUACAAAGGCAUCGCUGUUGAAGGGUCAAAAUGAGAAAAAUGUGGUAGAAGAUGCAAAAAUUCCAUCCCCUCGUGUUAAGCGGAAUAAGACUGGACCAAAUCAGCUUUCAUAUAAAGAAAGCAAUGUAUCUGCAAAACAUGUCCAGUCCGAAGACAUUGGAGGUACUACUGAAUUGAAGAGACUGCUAACUCCAAUUAACUUAUUCGAAGACGAAUGCAUUUUCUGCCAUUCAUUUAGAACAAGCCAGUUUCAUAGAUCGAUGGUAUGUUAUCUAAAGGGAAGAGUUGUGUCCAUUGAAGAGGGCAACUCAUCAAAUGCCAUCUAUGUCCAUAAAAACUGCCUGGAGUGGGCUCCUAGAGUGUGGUUUAAGGGUGACGUUGUUAUGAACUUGGAGUCAGAAAUCAGACGUGCUUCAAGACUGAGAUGCAGAAGAUGUGGACUCCUGGGAGCAGCCCUCGGUUGUUAUGACAACGAUUGCAAAAGGAGUUUUCAUGUUCCGUGUGCACUUCAGAUUGGUUGCCGCUGGGAUGUUGAUGAACGUCUUGUGCUGUGCCCUAAACAUGUUUCAAAGACACUACCCUGUGAUAAGCCGUGUACACAUACAACGGGAAAUGACAAUUCUUCUUCCUUGCAUCAAAGCCAAAAAGAUUCUUUCACCGAUUUAGAAGAGGAAGGCCAAAAAUCUGACCAGCUUAAAACCACAAGCCCAUGUACAGACAAGGAAGGAAAACUUGACAAUCAUCAUAGGGAAAAUCAACAAACAGAUCACCUCAGCACUUCUAAUGCUGCAUCAUUUCCUCAGAGCCCAUAUAUACAAAAGGAAGUAAUUUUUGACAAUCAUCAAAGGGAAAAUCAGCAUCAGUUUAACAUUUUGAAUCCUCCGUACUCAAGUCAAAGCCAAUGUUCUCUAAGAGAAGGGAUUUCCACCAAUAGCUCAAGAGAUGGGAAGCUAAUUGAUCAGCUUGAUACCUCAAGUUUUUCUUCCUUGCCACUGGGGAAACAUUCAGAUGAUGAAGAAAUUUGUAUGAAUUGUGAAAGGGAUGAUCAACGAGCACAUAAGUACAACACCUCAAAUUUGCCCUCCUUGCCUAAGAGCUGUCAUCCAGAUGAAGAAGGAAUUUCCAGUGUUUACAAAGGGGAAGAAAUAAAAGCAUAUCAGCCCGGCACAUCAAGCUUCCCUUCUGAUCAGUUGGUUUUGCUUGGAUUGUCUUUAAGUGCACCAGAGAAGGAUUCCUUGCAGGAGUUUGCAUGUUGGACCAAGGCGAGGCUAACGAAAGAGUGGGGUGAAAAUGUGACUCAUGUCAUCGUGGGCAAAGGUGCUGGCACCUCAUGGAGCAGAUCAUUUGAAGCCCUCAUGGCAAUACUGCUUGGGAAAUGGGUUGUCCAUUUUGAAUGGAUUGCGGACUGCUCCUCGGAGAUGACUCGGCGUCCAGAAUCCUCUUAUGAGGUAGCACUCAGCAUGGAUUCGCUCCGAACAAUCGACGGACCGAAGAAGGGAAGAAUCCAAGCAACCAAAGGGGCACCGAAGCUGAAGCUGUUCGCGGGACUGUGCUUCUGCCUCAGCGCCUACAUGGACCCAGACGGCAGACACCGCGUGCGCAACCUCAUCGCGGCCGCGGGAGGGCAGGUCCUGAGGGGAGGGUUCCUGGACCUGCUGCUCGGAUACUCCGACGGCUCGUCGGUGGGGCCGUACUUUGUCUUCGACGGCGACGCGCCCGGAGAAUUUUUCAGGAGCACGCUGCGUAAGGAGGAGGUGGAGGCGAGGAAGCACGCGGCCGCGGGGGCGCGGGUGAUCAGCCACUUGAGGGUGCUGGACGCCGUCGCGGCGUACGACGCGGACAUCCUGGACCGCUGAACGUGAAGAGAAGGAUGGCUUCGCGUCGUAAAUGUGCGCGCGAGUAGGGGAGAGUUUUUGGCGAUCUGCCGAUCUCGCUACCAUUUUGUUCUGCAGAAGGCGACCGAAGGCUGGACGUUGUCAAUGUGUAUACUGAUCGGUGCAUCGCGUCGAUCAGCAUCGUCGCAGGAGCAGGCGCAGCACUAAUCACACUCCAUCCUUCCCUUCCCAUGUAGAGACAACUAAUGAUCUACUGUGAAUUUGAGGCUUCAAUGUGCAACCAAAAUGAGCGGUAUCAGCUCGCAUGAUCUGUACAA